AGAUGUCCUGGCUGACGCAAUGCAAACCCUGUCGCUGGUUUCUGUCUGCUGUGAGCCAGACAGGGUCCAAGAGGCUCUCGAACUGCAGCGAAGACUCGUUUCUAUAAAGCACAUCAUAGCACUGGACGAAACGGCGCAUAAUACGGUCGGCGCAACGAACACCGUAAUCACAUGGAAUGAGCUGCUCACGAAGGGCCACGAUGAAGGAGGCCCAAUGCCACCGCCUCCCGAGUAUCGAGAAAACCAGAUCUGCUACAUGGCACCUACAAGUGGCACGACUGGCAAACCGAAACUGGUUGUGCAUUGCCACGAGUCCUUGCUGGCUAUCAUUCAGUCAAGCAGCCACCCUGGGCACAUGCGUCUAGGUCCAGAAGACUUUUCCCUCUCCACAUCGUCGUUGGUCCACACAUAUGCGCUUCUUUGGGGUGCCUGCAAGCCUAUCGCCCAGGGAGCGUCGACCGUCUUUAUGGAGACCGCCGAUGACAGCGCUAUACUGGAGGCAAUUCACAAGCACAGG